UAAUAAAGUUAGGUCUUUUGGUCUCAACUUUCUCUUCUGUACCUACUGCAACUGGCACUGAACUCUAAAGACUCUUAUAGCCUAUACUGACAGAUCUGGACAUAAUAUGCAACAUGUUUGGUCUGAAAAGGGUUUGCUUUUUGUGCCAUUUGUUUGUACUGAUAGUCAAAGAUGUGAUGUCAUGGGUGGUCCCACCAAAGAAGAAAUCAAUUGGUGAUGAUGUGAUACUGAUUACUGGUGGUGGACGAGGUAUUGGAAAGAAACUUGUUCUUGAGUUUGCCACUCAUCAACCGAAGCAUAUAAUUAUCUGGGGACGCACUGAGGAAUGCCUCGCAGCAACUGUCAGUGAAGUCAGGAAAAUGAACAUCAACUGUUCAUACAUGAUUUGCGAUGUCAGUUCUAGGGAGGAAAUUUAUUCAAUGGCAAAGGAAGUUGAGGCCAAAUUUGGUAAUGUGACCCUGCUGGUUAAUAAUGCUGGCGUGGUUUUUCCAAAUUCUGUUUUGGAGUCAAGUCCGCAGCAAACAGAACAGACUAUAAGAACCAAUGUGUUGGCACAUUUCUGGACCAUUCGAGCAUUUCUUCCCCCUAUGUUGGAGCAGAAACGAGGUCACAUUGUAAACAUGAGCUCCAUGCUUGGCUGGGCAGGGCUAAACGGAGCUUCAGACUACUGCAGUUCCAAGUUUGCAGCUUGCGGUUUGUCAGAGGCGCUAUAUGAUGAGCUGACCAGGGAUGGAGACAGUGGUGUCACAGUGACUGCUGUCUACCCGUACCAUGUAGACAACUCCAUGUUUGCUGGUGUAGCCACGAGGUUUCCUAGCUUAUUUCCUUCCAUUAAAGAGGACUACGUAGCAUUGAAGAUAGUGGAAGCUGUCCUGACAAACAGAAACAAAGUUCUCCUCCCCAAGCUUAUGUAUGCUGUGGCUUUCUUUUACAGUAUUGCUCCUGUGGCUGCUGUGACGAGCAUCAUGAAGUUGCUGGGGGUUAACAAAGCAAUGGAACAGUACCACGACCACCAUCGGAAACUACAUGGUCACAGUUAAGCAAUGCAUAAGUAAUGUCAUAAGUAUGUUCCUCUCUUGGUUCCCUGCCUUUAAUUUUUUACACAACACUCUAGUGGUGAGCAACAAAUGGGAAUGUCCUGUGCUGUGGGGGGUUGACGUGGAUUCACACUCAUGCAUACACAUACAAGCACACACAUGCUAACACACACACACACACACACAUACUCACGCACACACACAAACACACACACACUCAAUCACUGCCAUGUAUUAUUAUGGGCAUGUCUGCUAUGUAUGAUUACUACAAAUUUAAUAUGGUGCAUGUGAGAGUAUAUAUGUGUGUCUAAUAUUAUAUGAAUAUAAACACAUUUCCAUGUCUGUGUGCUAAAUUAGAAGAAUGUGUGGUUUCUUUUGUGUGACGGUUCACCUACUGCUCUCACAUGCAUCAAAAUUCUUCACUAGGCCUCAUGAGGCCCACAAGAUCUAGUUUGCCCCACACCUUUGCAAUAUUGUUUCCUUCCUCUGCUGAAAAUGUAAUACCCCUCAGGUUCCCUUUAAUUUCUUAUGAAACAUUGUAAUCUUCAUAACACCCAAAGGGGUGUCGGUCUGUAAGAAGUGUAUAAUUGUGCUUUGUCUGCUGGAAGUCUGUUGUUGUUUUUUAACCAUAGCCUUUUGAAAACAUCUGCCUAGCCAGACAAUUCAAUUCCUCGCAUUGCUUGCUACAUUAUACUUGAUGUAAUAUGACCCAUAGGAGCAAGAGGUAUAGGUUACGUUUAUGUUGCCAGUUUACCAAAUUCCUUCGAGCACAAGGCUCAUAGAUGUAGUGUUACCCGCUGUUUCUUCAACAUGCUUAAUGCCUUUUUGUCUCUGAUAAGAAGGGACGGAUGAAGAACUCAAUAGAGAUUUGGAGGAGAACAAGUUCAUCAAUGUUAUCACUAUGUAGUCUAUACAAAUAUGUAUAUUUCAUAACCAAAAAA